AUGCUGUGGCAAGUGCUUCAAAGAAUCCAAUCGCGCCAAGUCAACUGUGAAAUCUUGCUGAAAGUGUACCGCUCCAUUGUGCGCAGAUUGCAGUGUCGACGAGGAAAGAAAAGUCCACAGCUCCUCGACAUCAUCGAGCAUUGGAACUGCCGCAAAACAAAGCUAGAAAAUCAAGAGAACGCCGCCGAGGACUUACUAGAAAGGUUGCAGUGUCAAGCUCAAAAUCAGACGGCCAGUAGUCAGCCUGCAGCGCAACCUCGCAAACGACACAAAGGCAAAAAGCAAGCUGACUCUGCUGCCUCCGCUUCUGUUUCUGUGUCGCAAGCUCGCGGACUCGACAGCAACGAGAAUCCAUUUGAAGCUUCUGGUUUGAUUCGACAGAAUGUGACGUACAAGUGGGCGCCGGAAGACAUCGGCAUCCGCACUCGUCGCUAUGCCCGUGGUCCAGCAUGUCAGAAUCUGGGCAGAGCCUGGCAAGCAGUUGUGGUUCCGCACACAACAGAUUUGGACAUAGAAAACUGCUGCUUCGUGGUCAUGUUGCAGCUUCUUGACCGGCUUGAGAUUAAUCAGCGAGAAUGGAGCAAGCAACGUGAAACACUCCGGAGAUGUGCACAAGAAAGAGACCGAGUCAUAGCGGAAGAACUUCAAGUCGAUCGAGAAACUGGCAAGGACGUGUUGAAUAAAGUGUUCAACGGAGGCAGCCCACCAACAUCCCUGAGAGACAACAGCUUUGUCAAACAGUUGCAAGAGCUGUCCGUCUAUUGCAGAUGGAUCGCUGUCGCAGCACUACCAGAAGUCUUCAAGCAGAUGCUGGAGAACGAAGAAAAAGAAAACCCAGAAGCAAGUACACUACAUCAUUUGUGGACAGUCGCAGAGGACGUCAUUGUAGAUGCUUGGUUGGACAAAGUCCAAGGUCGAAACCCCGAGCACGUCUCCAUGCACUUCGAUGGUCUCCGGAUAAGCACAGCCGUCAUGGAGAACGUCGACGACUUUUGCGCUGCAUGCUCUUCCCAUAUACAAAGAAAGACUGGCUUCAAUGUUCGAAUUCGGGCGAAAGAGCAUUUGUUCUUUUUACAACAUAUUGAGAGAAAGUCGAGUGCGUUGGAAAGCGAGUGUCCAGCAGAACUUCUACAACCAGGCAACUGCAUUCUUGCGAGCCUGCAUCAUUUGGGAUUCGCAAAAGAGGCACAUGACAUGGUCGCCAACACGGAGUCCGAAUUCCAGCAUUACUUCGAGCGACGACAUCAUCGAACAUACGCACAAGUCAGCGAAGGCACAGGCCUUGUGCUGCUGCCAGAUCUGUCCAGCAUUUCCUUGCCACGAACAAGCAAAGUUCUCAUGCACGUGGCAACGCACGGCAAGCCGCAUUGCGUGGCUGUCGAACUGCUGGACGGGGAAGUGCAAGUCACUGACGGCGCAGUGCAACGCACAGUGUCCGAAAAGGACUUUACAUUGUUCAGAAAGCUCGCCGUCGACAGCAAAUACAUUCUCUUCUUCGAGGUUUACCGGAAUAAACACGAAAUGCCUGCAGAAGGCAGCAAUGCCGACGACAGCCUUACUGCACGGGAGAUCGAGAGUCUGCUAGACUUUCAAGCAGCUGGACAGGAAGAUGGAGAAUGCGAUGAUUUCGUUGUGGACGUCGACCAGGACGCUGUGGACGACGACAGUUUGUCAGAGCAGGACGAAGACCUCCAAGAUUCAGAUGACGAAGCAGUAGUUCGAGUGGGCGAUGUUCUUCUGGGCAAGCUGCAGAGGGAAGCUGGAAAUUGCUGCGUCCAUCAGAUUGUACGGACUGAGGAAAACGAGUACCGAUGUCCUUUUUGUCCGUUCAGAUCCUUCUCUUGCUCUCAGUCGACAAAAAGAGUUUUGGCGCAUGUCAAGAACUAUCACAACGAAAGGAAACAGUAUGUGGCCAGUGGAACCAAACAGCUGAAAAUAAUCAUUUCUUUGCACGAUUCUGAUCAGUGUUCCCGGAAGUCUUCAGAGAACUAUCUCGCGCGCAGCUCUGAGAUCUUGCGGAGCACGGUUCAGCCUGCACUUUCCAGCCGAAGAAUGCUUAUCGAUCGUCACAUUCGGUUGGUUUUCACAGACAGAGGACCUGAGUACUGGAACUUGGAAUGUCUGCAACGGUCUUCAUUGCGCCGAGUACGAAAUUUAUACUACACGCAGGAGUUCGGACAAAUGGUCUUCCAAGAAUUUCUUAUGCAUGAGGCGAAGGUCUACAGCUUGCACGCAGUCUUGGUUGGGCGAGUGACGCCGGACAUGUGCAGCUUGCUGCCUCGCUUCGUCAACCAUUGGUGGCCCAUCAUCGAGGACAUCUUUCAGUCCAGUAAAGAAGACAAAGAGAGGGCUGCAUUUCGUGGAGAAGUCAUGACUCUGCGUGGCAGAACCGGCGCAGUGAUGGUGUUGGAGCCAAUAGCCACGGACGAGUCAGAGGCAUGUGUUCGAACCAUGGCGAAUAGAAUCCCAAGUCGUGGCCUGGGGCAAAUUCAAUUUGUGCGAGUUGACAACCCAUCGAAAAAGUUUUGGGAAGAGCUGAGAUUGAUCUGCCCCAACCUCCAGGUCAUGGCGCUUGACCCUGUGCAUCUUGCGAUGACUUAUGAGUUCGCCUCGAGCCGGAAGCGAACUCCAGGGUCGAAGAUGCUGCGAUUAGUUUUGAGCAAGCUGACUGCUCGGGACGACCAAUGCAGCGGACAAGAAUGGGGUCCGACAUUUUCAGGCUCCUCGUGCAGGCCGCUAACGCAUGAAGAAGACAUUGCUCGAAAUCAUAUUGAGAGUCGUUCUAUGAAGUCACGCGAGGCUGAACGCAUCCUGAAGAACUUGGAUCCACAGAAGCCAUUUUACUUUCGACUGGAUUUCAUCAAAGCAAUUGCAGCCAUUUGUUCCGUGUACAGUGAAGAAGUGAAGCGUAUUGCGCCAGGCCCGAAUCGUCCGGUCUACAAGCUGCUGCACUCCGCCACAGCAGCCGGGCGCGCAGAGUGGUAUUUCAACAAUACCAGAAUGCUUCACAGCAUGGCUUCUUCUCGCUUGACAUUGCUGCCAACGGGGACUACGUCUAAUGAAAGUCUUCAUCGCGAAAUCAAUGUCUGGUUUAGAGAGACAUAUCGUCUGCAUCAAACAAGUCUAUAUUUGAAGCUUAGCAUAUUGAAGCUGGCCAAAAACUUGUCACACAACGCAGCCUUGUACAGACCGACGACACGGCAGAUGAAGCAGGCAGAAGUCUUGGCUCGCGUCACUUCUGAGAGUGUGUGGUCUGGCCGUGAGUGGAACGACUGGUGCAGCGAGCUGGACCAGGAAGGCGUCCCUGCCAAAGCAAAUCUUCCGUGGCUGAAGGAAAGGAAGAGACAGCAGGCAGAAGUCAAAAAGUCGGUUCGCAAGAAGCCUGCGGCCAGCAAGGACGAACGACGGACUCGUGUGCAUCGCACACCUCACACUUUGAAGCGUAAAGAUAGCUUGCGGCGAGCAGGCGUUCGGCAGGAUGUCUGCAAGAAGCGGGGAGCGACCCAGUGA